AUGAUUCAAGGUGUUCCCUUUGUCUGGGUCUCACCUGUAAUUGCGCAGGCUUUGAAAAGUCAUGGAUGGACAGAAAGCAUGCCACACUUGAAGUCCUCAGUUGUCCCUAUCGAGCUAGCUUCGAUCAGAGGGUCGACAGAUGCGGCUAGCUUUCCAGUGGAGCUUAGCCCUUCCGACAACCCUGUUUUCAUCAGCCUCAUGGCGUCGCCAGCGAAUCUGCUUUAUUUGGAAUGGUGGGUCCAAGCCAUCUGUGGCGUUCGAAACAAGGAAAAGUUGGCUGUUCUGCAUCACCUGAGGGAAAUGCGUGUGACGGAGGUCCGCUGGGGUGUACUGGAGGAUCAGGAACGUAUUUGGAAAUUGUGGCCCUUUGGAUACUGGGAGAAAAUGACAGGAAAUGACCAUUUGUUUAGGCACACUCUGCAUCAUCGAUCUCGUAGUAAAUGUCGAAUAAUAGUGCAAGAGCGCUUGAAGAGUGCUGAAGAUGUAGAUGGAAGCUCGACGUGUGAUGGCGGAGUGAUGGCGGAGUGA